AACAAGUCAAAUAAUAAAAAAUAAAUCAACAAUAAAACAUAAGAACUCGAUAUAAAGAUUUUUUUUUUAAUAAAUACAUUAUUUUUCAUUAUUUGUCUUUGAAUGAUGUGACUAAACUAUAUGCUUUUAAAAAAUUAGGAUAAAAAAAUAUUUAUGAUUUUUUUUUAAUGUUUUAAUUUGUAAACAAAUACAUCAGUAGGCUUCAUGGUCAUAUUAACCUAUUAAUUUUCCUGUAAUUAAAAAGUGCUUAAGGACAUUAUAAAUCUAUUAUGGUGAUAGAUACAGUACCUGUUGGUUUUGGGGAAAAAAUGUAUAAAGUAGGCGAAUUAUGUACUUGGAAAAAAAAAUAUAUAUAUAUACACAUAAAUAUUUAGAUACACAAUACUCUUUUUAAAGAAAAUAAAUAUAUAAGUAAGCUAAUAUAGAGAAAACUUCACCACUAGUGCAAAUAAUAUUUUUUUUUAUAAUAACAAUUACUAUUAUAUUUGUUAUAAGAUCAUGUUUAUUAUAUAGCAGUAUAUCUGGAUGUGUGUAUGUUUAUGAUGUUGUGUCGGCGCGCGCUCUGAAGGCUUUAUGAAAGUGCGUCACGGGAGCGCGCAGUGGCAGGGACGCGCGCGCUCGCGCUCGUGGCCACUCUCAACAGUGAAGCGGUGGCGCGCGUGCCUGCGUCUCACAUACCGGCUCGAGCCGGUAUCAAAAUCUGCCGAGAGAGGCGAGAGAAAAAAAAAAAAAACCGCAAAAAAAUUAAAAUAAAAACCGGAAAAGUGGGGGAAACGCGAGGACCAGCCGGUUAGAUAGGUGAUGCUCGCGCCGCAAACGGCGUCACGUUUAGAUUAGAGCACGCGAGCGAUAAUAUUUUAAGGAUCUCACCGGAGUUGUGGUCUGUUUUAUUGACAGAGAAAUAAGCGCGUGCCCAAGUUGCUCUCCAUUCACAGUUAUAGGAGCUCGUUAACGUUGAGAUGAGGACGUUCAGGUUGCUGAAAGGAAGGUAGCUUGUUGUUGUUGUGUUUUUUUGUUUUGUAUUUUCGAGUGGAAGCACGACCGCCGAAUUUUUUUUCCCACGUUUUGUCCAAUCAUCAUUUUUGGUAAGUAAAGCUUAGCCCAUGUUCAUAAUAUCACGUAAUAGAGGUUGUCAGAGUACUAGCCUACAUGAUCCCAGUUACAUAUUCCAGGGUUGAAUGUAAAGUUAUCAAGCAUUUUUCUGCUCAGAGGAAAAAUCUGUCAAUGGUGUCUCACAUUUGCAUACGAGGAGGAAAUGUGUAACUCUUCACCUUUGUGAGAUUGCUCAACAGAAAGCGCGUGCAUUAGAGAAAAUUUAGUCCUAGAUCUCUAUCAGGAACUUGUUUGUACUGACCGGUUGAAGCCGGUAUAUGAAGGAACGAUAAUGCUUUGAGCACAUCCGCAUGAUGAUGCUGCUGCUGCUGCUGCUGAACCCUGAACCGAUACUGCACCAUUUAGAAUAUUUAUAGUCUGUGUUAGCCACAGGGAGAAAAAACAAAAUACCCCAUACAUUUCUGUCAUUAUUUUAUUCCUUUUAAUGAUUCAAAAACCGGAAGUGAAAAGUUUACAGGAAUAAAACAAUAUUCUCUCAGUUCCUGUAACUAACGGCGGUGUCUGACAUAACUCUGCCCACGCCAUUCGUCUGCGUCAUCAACUCGGUUCGUCAUUAGCCUAUCAGCAACCGACUCGGGGCCGGCUCAUGAAUAUUAAUGAUAUUAAUAAGCGCCGCACAGAACUGAUUUGUGAUUGGCUGAGGUAAGAACGCGUUGCUGAGGCAACCGCCUUGCACCAGGUGUUCUUCGUUUGUCUGGUGUUAAUGAAUAUUGAAAGACGGCGAAAUAACCAUUAUGAUGAUAACCGUUAUGUGUCUGCGUGACGAGGGGACGUGUGACGUAGCACUGUUGGCAAUGAUUCUUAUGAUCAAAGGCGAUACAGAACGGCUUACAGAUGCGGCCAAUAUCUUGGCAUACUGGCUUUUAAUUACUAAUUGUCGUCCAAUCUGCAGCAAUAGUCUACUAAAGAACUUCACGGGCUUAUGUGGGACCUAUAGAAAUCACGUCGCCUUAGGCACUUAGUCCCGUCACCACGAUCAGCUAAAUACCAAAUUUGGGUAUCAGUGUGUGCGUCAUGCACUCUUUCGCACUUUGGUUUAUCUUUCCAGUAGGGAUGUCACGAUACCAAAAAUCUAGUAGUCGGCACUGAUACCACCAAAAGUACACGAUACUCGAUACCAAAGUCCAUACUACGGUGUGGUAUAAAAAUAAAAUAAAAAAAAUUAAAUUAAAAACUCCCCUGGAGGACAGGGUCGGGGGUUCGAUUCCCACCAUGGCCCUGUGUGUGCGGAGUUUGCAUGUUCUCCCCGUGCUGCGGGGGUUUCCUCCGGGUACUCCGGUUUCCUCCCCCAGUCCAAAGACAUGCAUGGUAGGCUGAUCGGCAUGUCCAAAGUGUCCGUAGUGUAUGAAUGGGUGUGUGAAUGUGUGUGUGAUUGUGCCCUGCGAUGGAUUGGCACCCUGUCCAGGGUGUACCCCGCCUUGUGCCCGAUGCUCCCUGGGAUAGGCUCCAGGUUUCCCCGUGACCCUGAAGAGGAUAAGCGACAGGACGUGACGAGUCGACCAUGAUGGGACGGACGCCCACUCUGCAUGGCUGCAUGAAGCCCAACGUCUACCCGCAGGCUCCUGACGGUGGUUGGGGCUGGGUCGUGGCCGUGGCCUUCUUCUUUGUGGAGGUUUUCACCUAUGGCAUCAUCAAGGUCUUCGGAAUCUUCCUGCAGGAUCUCACCAGCAAUUUCGGAGAGACCAACAGCCGGGUGUCCUGGAUCGUCUCCAUCUGUGUCUUCGUCAUGUCCUUCACAGCUCCUCUGUCCUCUGUGCUGAGUAACCGGUUUGGAUUUGGGCCGGUCGUGAUGGUCGGGGGCGUCCUGAUCAGUUUGGGUACCAUCACCACUGCCUUCACCACAUCUAUCACUCAGAUGUACAUCACCGUGGGCCUCAUUACAGGCCUCGGUUACUGCCUCACCUUCCUUCCCACCGUCACCAUCCUCUCGCAGUAUUUCGACAAGCGCAGGUCACUCGUCACGUCAUUCGCCUCCACCGGAGAGUGUUUCUCGCUUUCCGCCUUGGCGCCAGCCUUCAGCGUGUUGAAAAACCAGGUUGGCUGGCGUAACUGCAUGAUUGUUAUAGGGCUCCUACAGGCUUCUGUGAUUGGCUGUGGAGCCCUGCUCAGACCAAUCAUCCUACAGCCUGAAUGUUCUAAGCAGGAAGAGGAACUGGAAGGUCCUCAGUCUCCCCUUAAAACGAGUCCCGAAAACAAAUACGAGCUGGAGAACGAGUUCACGCACACGUCGCUGAACUCUGUCGACUCUGGUGUUCAGUCCAUCUCCUCAGCGGAGCAGAACAUGGCCUCGUCAGAAACCUCAGAAACAGACCUGGAGGAGGUGGAGAGAGGAGAGGGCGAGGGUGAUGAUUGGGUACUGCCUUUCACUCCUCUAAAACAAAAACAGAACGAGGAAAGAAAAAGGAAAUUCCCUGAUCUUUCGCUGCUAAAAGACACCAGCUUCAUUUGCUACUCCCUCUUUGGCCUGUUCGCCACGUUGGGUUUUUUUGCACCGCAGCUCUACGUGAUUGAGCUGAGCGUGCAUUACGGGGUGGAGCGCAACAAGGCCACCUACAUGCUUUCCAUCAUGGCUGCGGCUGAGAUUUUCGGCCGCCUGUCCAUCGGCUGGCUGAUGAACCGCAAACCCAUCCGCAAAAUCUACAUCCUGCUGAUCUGCACGGUGCUGCUGAGCCUGGUGCUCGCACUCUUCCCUGCUGUCUCCUCACAUUUCUGGGCGCUCGCUUCCUGUUGUGCCGUCUGCGGCUUCCUGUUUGGCACGGUCGCCUCCAGCCACAUCCCCAUGCUGGCCGAGGACGACGUGUUGGGUAUGGAAAGGAUGACGAUGGGUGCCGGAGUUUACGUUUUCAUCCAGAGCUUUGCCGGCCUCGCUGGUCCACCGCUCGCAGGCAAGUUGGUAGACGUGACUAAGGAUUACGGCUCAGCGUUUUACUCCAGCGCGGCCGGGGUGUGUGUCGGCGCAUUGUUCCUCUCGCUGGUGCGACCGGCUAAAACUGGUUGGAAUUGCUGCAGGAGGGACAGGAAGUGUGUAAAACAGGAACAGGAAGUUAGGCCAGAUGACUACCUGGAAGUGGACAUAAUUCUGGAGCAGUGAGGCAACAAAGAACACGGCACAUGUCUGAGAUACAAAACACACACAAACAAACACGCACAAAACUUGAACAAUACACCCAAAGACGAACUUUACAGAUACUGAUUCCUUUUUUUUUAUUUGGUGCCUCGUUUUCUCUCCACUUGUAUUUUUUAUGUUUUUUUUGUUUAAACGUUUUUUUUCUCUGACCAAACGAAACCUCAAGCUGGUGAUGCUGCUGUUCUCAUCGACAUAGUCUUGAUUUUACUAUUUUGUGUUGAAGUUGUGCAGAUCUCAGUAAGGGUGAGCUAUAUGUUACAGAGGAUACACUACAUCACCAGUCAGCACUGCUUUAGGCAAUACCAAGUCGCCAACGCUUUUUCCCGUAAUUUAUUCCUCAAAACAUGAGGCAGUAUUUAAAAAGAUUAAUUUCUGUGCAGAACAACGUUUGUUAGCGUUUCUUUUCUACGAAGUAAAAAGCUACUUGUUGCAGUACAUCCUCAUAUUGCUUGCCCCUGCCUCAGCGCUGUAUUAUUUUAUGUAGUUUACACCACGGUUUGUUGUUCUAUUCAUAAUGACGCUAAUUAGAGGGCAAUUAUGCCAAAAUGUCAACAUAAAUUGCUCGAUGAAAAGUAGAAAAUCAUGCAGAGAGUUUAAAAUUAAAAAUACAAAAACGUUCCAGUCUGAAUUGUUCAGUGGCAGAAAGAGGAAUCGGCAGUCCAAUGCAUUUAAAGCUUGACAUGGGAUACAAAUAGGGUGUGGUCAUUAAUAUGAGGUGGAGUUACAUUCAAAUUGCUGUUUCUCAGAAACAGUAAGUGUAUUUUUUUGAUGAUGACCUGAUCACUUGGGGCAAAAAAAAAACAUAGCUGCCAACAGCCAAUCAGCUUUCAGUAGGCAUUUGACAAGGUUUUAUUUUUUUUUUUUUUAAACGAUGAAAAUUCUCCUCAUUUGUUGUCUUAAACCAUAAGAAUUUGCCCUUUUGGAUCAUUUAGCCUUUCCCACUUUCGUUUAAGACUAGUUUUAGGAUUUUUGCCUUAUCUUCCAAGGACUAUGGUGGAUGAAACUCCAUAAUUAUCAAAAGCAUUAUGAGAUUUGAAAACUCUUGUACAGUGGAGCUUAAUGUACUCAAAUAACUGGAACUCAUGAUUGAUUGCAUGGAUUCACACAAAAAAUAAAAAAAUUCGAGGACUAGAUUCAAGAUUCAGGACAAAAUUCUGGGGUGUGGUCAUUCAUGGGGGGUGGGUUUUGUUCAAAUAGCUGUUUCUCAGGAACUAUAAGUCUGAUCAAGCUGAACUUUAGUGUAUCAGUAAUUGGAUUUCUGAUGGUUACUUCAGCUCUCAGCAGGCAUCUGAGAGAGUUGGAACUGAGGUAUUGUAACAAAACUCGAACAAAACUAAUUGAUAUUAAAAAUGUAUAUACUGGAAAGAAAUCAGAGGUUGUCCAUUUUUCUAGAAUACCUUCUCGAUCAAAACACGCUGCAUGACUUCUCAACUUAUGUUGAAUUUAAACGACUCUGUUUGUGUUUUAUUACUGCAGUGUGCGUGUGUGUAGACACACAACACUGCAGGCAUCAUAGGUGAUCUGUCACUUAUAGCUAUUAUAACUGCCACUCUGACCAGGGUAUAAUAUCAUGAUAAAAUGGUGGUCUCCCCACUCGAGGCAUUGUUGAGUUCGUAUCUGAAACGUGGGCCUUCGUCAUUCAUGUCUGAUGUCAUAUGUUUUCUCAAACUUUCCAAGUUAAACUUGUGUGGUGAACAGAAUUACAGGAUUGCCUUCUCUGAGAAGGAACCCUCAGCAGACAGCUGUCUUUGUACCUUCUAAGGAACCUUAGGGGACAGACUUGCUGUCCCAAAGUGCUGCCUACUUUCUGAGUAGUGCACAGCCAGGUGUUCACGCUAACAACAUUGUGCAUGUUGAAUGUGCUAAUAUAUUGUGUAAUUGAUGAUUGAAAAUUUUUUCUUCUUCUACUUCUUCUUCUUCUUAUUAUGCUCCAGGUAGAUCCAGCGACAUGUCUUCCAUGUUGUACAUUUCUUUUUCUUUGUUAUAAAAGUGUAAUAGAUGAAGAAUGAACGUAGCAACAAUGUUGUUUUUUUUUUUUGCUUUUUCAUUUUUAAAAAAAAAUAUUUAAAUCCUGUCACUACCACAACACAAAUCAAAGUCAUUCGUAUUUAUUUUGAUAUUUUUAAUCCGCUUUAUUUAAAUUCAUUAGCAAACUUGAAUAUGUUGCAGGCGAGAAACAAUCGGACUCAUAAAACCUACAAGUGUGUGUAAUAACGUUAGGCCCCACUCUAAUACGGAUUUAACGUGCCCUUCACUUCCUGUCACCAUUUCCCCUUGGCUCUAAGACGAGGGAUCGAGUUACCAUCACUCGAGAUUUUGGAAGUUGUUACCAUGAAGCCAUUACUGCAAUCUGACGCAGAUUCCUUAUUUCAAAAUGGUGACUGAAGCUGUUUAACAGAAGCAAUAAAAUUUCAAACUUCUGUACAGCGGAAGUGAGAGAACUGUUACUUUACUCAGCUAGCUAGUUAACAGGCCUGCUAGUUUGCACCUCAUAUAGUGACAGAGUGUAUAAAUCUCAUGCACAUUGUUUGUAAUGUGCCUUCUGACUGUACGAAGGACACGUUAAAAGCCGUAUUGGUGCAUGGGGAUGUUUAGACUUGAACACACACACACACACACAUUUUAUGACUUGAAUGGCUUUGAUUUAUUGUCUCAGCCAUAAUGUUAUGAUUGCACUGUAUGUUGCUGGUGUUUUCAUUUUUUUUUACAUCACACAUUUACAUCUUAUUUAAUCUUGGUUCCAGAUUUAAAAAAGAAUAAAAGAAAAUUGUGUGCAAUGAAACCAAACCACAAUGUAGUGUUUGCCUCUGAAAUGCUGCAACUGCUGUACUGCAAUUAGACUCAUAUUUACACAAGAAUAAACUCUGUUAUUAAUUUUA